AUGGUUCUCUUCAAACGAAAACCGGUGCAGUUUUUGCCAACUCCGGAGAUUGCAGAUGACGACCAAGAGGUUUGGGUGAUCGAUGCCACUGGCGAAAUAUUUACUGAAUAUGAAGACUACUUGGCUCGUUUCGUCUUAGAGGUCUAUCUUACUAACAUGACGAAGAAACGUUUCAUCUGCGAAAUCACUGGCCACUCGGGACUCGAUUUUUUCUCAGCUCUAGAGAGUGAACUCGCUGGUUCGAAGGAUGUUGAAGAGUCUUUCCCUGAUGCGCUGAAAGGUCCCAUCUUGAAGAAAGUUCAGUUCCAGACAAUACCAAGAAUAGAUAACUUGGUUGAUCUCGUAUACGAUGCUUUCAAGGGGGAUUUUUACCCAGGAGAACAUGUCAUCGCGACUCUUCACAAUAAUGACAAAACAGAAGGCCAAAUCCGGGAGAAGAGCUCUUUUCCAGAACAGACAAAUGCGCAAGGAGAAAUUUCAAAACCGGCGACUGCUGUUUACACAGUCAGCCUCAUUAACCGAGGAACAGAGAUCUCCUUAGGCCCCGAUGAUCUGACUCGAGAUCGAAGGAUAUUCACAAAAGCAAUGUUACGAGCCUUUAUCAAGAACACAGUCCAUCGAGACGCAUGGAAUGGAGCUCCCUGGCUUGUCAAGGAGUCGUAUGCUCGAAGAUAUUGCAUUAGCCAAAUGAUACCAAGACAUCUACAGAGAGGGUCGACUGUUGCUGAGAGAAAGGCAAUGCUAGCUGUUCGAAAAGCGCAGGCUGAGAAAGGGUUUUCUUUGACAAUUGCCGGAACCGGACCUGGACUAUCUCCCGACCCUACUCCUCCAAAACCGACCACGAAAGGAAAAGGCAAGCAGAAGGAUGUCGAUGGGAAACCGCCAGUUUUGAACCUUUCUAGCAGCGGAGCACCGAAAAUCCAGGCUGCCCCGGAACCUCCAAAGCCGCCCCCAAAGCCUCUCAUCAAAUAUCCAAUCGAAGACCUUACGAUCAUGCCAUCUUUAACCCCUAAAAAGCGACCAACGCUGAAGCGUCUUCAUGAGGUCAUUCCAGGGAAAAAGCUGUCCGAAGAAAGUGUUCCUUUGCUCCUCGAAACCUGGCAGUUCCUGAACGUGUAUUGUGAACCGCUACUCCUCGACUCCUUCACAUUUGACGACUUCAUUGAGGCUCUUUUCUACAACGAUGAUCACCAGGACUGUUUAUUGUUGUUGGAAAUUCAUUGCUCGUUGUUGAAAGCACUAGUGGAUGAAGGAGAGGAAGGAAAAGUCAACAUCGCAAGCAUCCUUGAUUUAGACACUGAUGGUGAAGAAGAUGAGGAAGAGGAGGAGGAGGAAGAUAGAAUGCAGACGAGACGCUCGAGUGCCCGUUUCAAAGAGCUAUCAAAAGCUGCGAUCAACGGUCACGGGGACAACCAAAACCCGGUCUGGUUGGAACUAUUACGGAAGCGGGAUUUCCAACAUGGUGGAUGGGAGACGAUUAUUGUUGGUCUCUUUAGUCAGAUAUCUAACAACAAGAAGCAGUUCAAACCAUUGGCAACGGAUAUCUUACGAUACUUUUCACCGCUUGGUGAAGAGCCAUUGCUCAUAACAGCCAGGGCACAAUACCGGGAUUUGGAUAUAAAUAUCAAAAUAAAAAUCAUCCAAUUACUUCAGAAACUGAUCUUCGAAACGCCAAUUGUUCGAGAGUACAUGGACGAGUGCGGCGAAGCUAUGACGAAGCUUAGGAAAGACAAAAUCGAGCACCAGAAAACCCGCAAAGUCUUCAUCGAGGAGUUGAAGUCAUUGGAGGAUGAGAAAAGACAACUGUUACCAGAAAAUGAGCCUUCUUCGCCAAUUAAGGAAGAAGGAGAUGAUACGAAAAUGAGCAAUGGCUACGACACACCAGAGGUAGAAAAUGAUGACGAUUCUGACUCGAGCCGCCCUGUUAUUCGACGACCAUCAAACCGGGCAGCCGAGCGAAAGAGAAAACGUGAACAGGAAAAGGAAAAGGAAGAAGCGAACGCGAAGAUUCACGAGUCUCAACAGAAGUACAAGAGGGCUUGCCUCAAUGUUGAGAAAACAAAAGCCAAGAUUCGACAAGAAGAAGCAGCGAUUGCCGAACUAGACAGCGAAUUGAGGGAAUCCGAUUGUGCACGACUACGUCUCCUUGGAAAGGACAGAUUCUGGAACCGUUAUUGGUUCUUUGAAAGGAAUGGCAUGCCUUACGCUGGGAUUCCAACAAGCUCGACUGCAGAUUCUGGAUUUGCCAUGGGAAGGUUGUGGAUUCAAGGCGCUCCGUUGGAAGAGCAAAAGGAAUUUUUAGAUCUAGACAGAGUCAUCAACAAUGACACCAAUGAUGGAACUAGGGUUGCGAUGUCUAUCAAAGAGCGUAGGAAAAAAGAGGAGGGAAAUGCGGCCCUUCGUGGCCCAGAGAAAUGGGCGUAUAUUGACGACCCAGAGGAUUUCAACAGCUUUUUGGAAUGGUUGGAUACUAAGGGUGAGCGCGAGUUGAAGUUGAAGAAGGAGCUCGAGAUUUACAAAGAACAUAUUGUGAACGCUAUGGAGGCCCGACAAAGAUACCUCAAUCCAUCGGACCCGAGUCAUGUAACAGAAGUGGUUGUUCGGAUGUCUACACGAACGAAGUCGGUUGCUCAAGUUCCCGUCCAACGAUGCCUGAAAUGGAAGAACAAUCUUGCCGCAGAACACCUUGGACACUACCAUUCGGAGCAGCCAGUGCGAACGAAGGGUCGGAAAGGUCAACAAGAGUCCCGGUCAUCGCGGAACUCUCGUACCCGCUAA